CCUGCUCGUUCUGGGUCCCCUUUCCAGCUGGACAGGGAUCUGUGCUGGCCUGAAGAGCUCCAGUCCCUGUCCCCAAAUGUGUGCUGGUCAUUCUGUGCCCCUUCCACAGCCUGGGAGGAGGGGAAGUUUUUGUUCUAUUAGUUCUCCAACCAAAGGUUUCAUUAACUCGAGGAAGCACUUAAUGACUGUUUGGUUUUGUCAGAUUGUAGCACUGAAUAAAACAAAGGAAAAAAUGCGGCCUUAUCAAGGCAACCAGGAUGAUGAAGAUCCAGAUAUCAAAAAAAUUAAGAAGGUUCAGAGCUUUAUGCGGGGCUGGUUGUGCAGAAGGAAAUGGAAAACCAUCGUCCAAGAUUAUAUUUGUUCUCCUCAUGCAGAGAGCAUGAGGAAGAGGAACCAGAUAGUUUUCAACAUGGUGGAGGCUGAGUCUGAGUAUGUGCACCAGCUUUAUGUCCUGGUGAACUGUUUCCUGCGGCCCCUCAGGAUGGCAGCCAGCUCCAAGAAGCCUCCCAUCAGCCACGACGACGUCAGUAGCAUUUUCCUCAACAG